UUCAUCUCGUCACCUUGUAACAAGCCUCCCCCGCCGUUUCGGGCUUCUUGUUCAAAUCCUCUCUCGGUUUCUCGGAUCCUCCUUCCCGGGCGAUGGCGACUCCGCCUUCCCUCGCAACUCUCUAAUCUAAACAUGGCGAGCUCCGCCACCCCCACCGCGCCGUCGAGCAAGCGGUCGAAGAAAGCCCCGGGCGACGACGACGAGCGGCCUCCUCCGACGGAGGAGGUCUCCGACGGCGUGUGCUGCGGGAUCUGCCUGACGGAUGGGGGAAGAGCCGUCCGGGGUCGAAUCGACAGCUGCGACCACCACUUCUGCUUCGUGUGCAUCAUGAAAUGGGCCAAGGUGGAGUCCACGUGCCCCAUGUGCAAGCGCAGGUUCUCCACCAUCCGCAGGCCUCCGAAGGACGGCGCCUUUGCCGACGAGAGGAUCCUGAACAUCCCGCCCCGUAACCAGGUUGAUGAUUUACAUAGAAUCGGAUCUUUUAAUCCUUAUAGGGAAGCUCAGUGUGCUGUCUGCCGAGGCACACAAGAUAAAGGGUAUCUGUUGAUUUGCGAACUCUGCGAUUUGGCUUUUCAUACUUACUGUGUAGGCUUGGGUAUCACUAUACCCCAAGAUUGGUCUUGCCCUGAAUGUGCUUUUAUGAGGGACGAACAUUCAAGAAUUGAUGAAGGAGAGAGCUGCAUUGGACAUGUUUCGAUGCAGUCGCCAAUUUCGCUAUUUGACAUCCCAAGAGAUAGAAGGGCCUGUAACUACUGGGGGUGCACAAUCAGACUGAAUAUCCCUAACUUCAGGGGGUCCACAACCAGACUGAAUAUCGUAAGAGAUAGCGGGGCUUCUAACGUUGGGCGGCCAGAGUGAAUAUCAUAAGAGAUAGCGGGGCAUCUGACAUUGGGCAGCCCUCAACCGGAGUUUCGAUAGAGUUUCGGCUCGGGCAGCUGGCCACUCUAGAAGAGAUGACAGUGCAAAAAGUGAAAUCCAAUCUCUUAAUUUGAAGUUGCUUAGCCGCAAUAAACUGGUUAUGUUUGAUAAGCAAACUCUACUUAUUUAUGGUUUUCAGUUAGUGAUAGAUCUGACAAAACGAACAUCUCCAGUGCGUAAUCUUGAUCGACUUUCUUUGGGGAUCGUAUAGAUGUAUCAUGCUUCCUGGUGGCAGAUUUAUGUUUUGCUUCUGUAAGGUUCCUCUUGAAUGCUUCUACGGGCUUUUGCGUGACCAAUUGCAUGUGCUGUUUCA